CACUAUUCAUUAUCCGUUUUCACAUAUGAAUUAACAGAGCAAAAGACAACAAAAGAGAAGGAGCUAAGAUAAGAGAGACAUUCCUGAACCUGAUCUAUAACACAGAAAUGUCGGAGGCUAUAAAGCUGUUUGGGAGAACAAUUUCGCUGCCACUCAUCCCCAAUGACCCUCCUGCACCUGCUACUCAUCCUUCAUCUUCCUCUUCACCGCGCGAAGUGAACUCUGCAACACAACAUGAAGCAGAGGAACCAUCAAGGAAAGAACUCACCUCAGUACAUGAUGAUGAUGCCUCUCAUCAAACCACAGAUAAUUUAAAAUCUCCUACAACAUCUUCUGGCAUAUUUGAGAAUCCUAAGACUCCCUCAGCUGAAACAGAGAAUUCAUUACCGAAAUCCUCUACAAACGGAGAACAAAGUGAGACUAGUGCUUCAGAAGAAAAAACUCCAAAGAAACCUGACAAGGUACUUCCGUGCCCGCGCUGCAAUAGCAUGGACACGAAAUUCUGUUAUUAUAACAAUUACAAUGUCAAUCAGCCCCGUCAUUUCUGCAAGAAAUGUCAAAGAUACUGGACUGCAGGAGGAACAAUGAGAAAUGUGCCUGUAGGCGCUGGUCGCCGCAAGAACAAGAACUCUUGUGCCUCACAUUAUCGUCACAUAAUGAUGCCGGAGGCACUUCAAGCAGCUAAACUCAAUGCCCCCAAUGGAUUACAUCAUGCUGUUUUGAGAAAUGGAGCAGCUGUCUUGACCUUUGGUCCAGAUUCUCCCCUCUGUGAUAGCAUGGCUUCUGCAUUGAACAUUGCUGAGAAAACUCAAAGUUGUGUUCUAAAUGGGUUUCAUGCACCUGAGCCGAAUACUUUUGUUUCCUAUGGUAGGGAAGUUGAUGAGGAUGAUCACUCUAUUGGAGUUUCUGUUACAACUUCAACUUCAUCAGAGAGGAGAGGCCAUACUGGCUCACUUGAAUCAGUGGAUAAAAGAAUUGAAGGUUUACCUCCUCAUUUUCCCUACUUCCCAAGUUCACCCUGGCCUUAUCCUCCAAAUUCGGCACAGUGGAAUUCCGCAAUGCCUCCUCCUGCAUUUUUCCCUGCAGGAUAUCCUUUAUCAUUCUAUACCACACCUGCAUAUUGGGGUUGUAUGCCACAAUCCUGGAAUAUAUCAUGUAUAUCACCCCAGUCUUCUGUUAACCACUCUGUCUCUUCCCCUAGUUCUGGCCCCAAUUCACCUACUUUGGGAAAACACUCGAGGGAUGGGAAUAUCAUCACCACAACCAACUCACAGAAAGAAAAGUCAGAUAUAGAGCAUAACAAUUCAGAAAGCAACGUCUUGAUUCCCAAGACUCUUAGAAUUGAUGAUCCUGGUGAAGCUGCAAAGAGUUCCAUAUGGUCAACACUAGGGAUCAAGAAUGACAAGGUCUAUUCUCUAAAUGGAGGAGGACUUUUCAAGGCAUUUCCAUCCAAGGGUAACGACAUGAAUCACAUGGUUGAAGCAUCACCGAUGCUGCAUGCUAACCCUGCAGCUUUAUCGCGGUCUCUUACCUUCCAUGAGGGAACCUAAUUGGGAAUAACAGUGAGCUACGUCAGAUUCUCAUUGUGUUUAUGCAUUGCAAUGAAAAUUGAGGUUAUACCAGUGCAAUCUCAUUUUGUUGACAAGUUCAAGCUUUUACACGAGAAGUUGUAUUGUUGACCAACCUCUAUGCACGAUUCCUAGGACAACAGUGUUGUACUUUAGUUUCCCUAGCUGCCAUCUUGAGCCUGUCUAAGUGAACAUGUGUUUUUGCUUUGCUGCAGAUUUAGAUAAUCUGUUGAGUAAAUAUCUUGAUGUACAGAUAUAAAUAUAUGAGACAAGGAAAACAACAAGGAGAAAAGUGAAAAGAAAGGAGAUUCUUGGACUAAAAUCCAAUGGUUUGCAAUAAACUUGUAAGUCUUCAUUGGAAGCCUGUUGUUACUUUUUUGGAGAUUCUCUACUUUAAUAAUGUUAGUCUCAAAGGA